AAGUCCCAAUCACAGCUCGCACAUCUGCGAGCUGAGCCCGCGUGCGAGGAUCUCGCUUUUCCCUCCCCCUCGACAGCCUCCGACAGCGCCGCCAAGCACAGCAGAGCGGGAUCAGCCAAGCUCGCCGAGUGUCUCCUUCCCGCAGCCAGCCACCGACGUCAGACCCAACAGCUCUCUCCCCGAGUGGUGGUUGACGAGUGUGGGAAGCGCCAUCAUGAUCCCCUCAUGUGCGGGCGGUGACAGGAGGCGGGACGGCCGGCAGCGGCGCCCCAGGACGUAUUCCCUGACUGACCUCUAUGAGGCCGCCCCUGAGAGGCUGCUCAAGGGGCUGCCGUGCUCUGCGUGGCUUCUGUCGGCUGUGCUGUUCUUCCACGCGGCGCCGUUUGUCAUCUGCUACCCCUUGUCCGUCCUCACAGGAUCCCUCAAAUACCCACGGUGAGUGAGCGAGAGUGUGGGAGGCGAGACAGGGGAUUUGCCUGGCCUGUGGAUGCGUGUCGCUUGUCUUGUCUGAUGGUGUGUGUCAGGCUGUACCCCUCAGAGGCGUUUGGCCAUCCGCCGUCGAUCUAUGUGUGUUCGCUGCUGGCGCCGCUGGGCACCAUCUGCUGGCUGCUCUUCACGUGGCGGUUCGCCACGGCCAUCGACCGGUACCUGCCGUCAGCCGUCGAGCGCGGGUACAUUCAGCUGUGUGUGCUGCUGUCGGUGACGAUCCACAUCGGGCUGACCGGCCUGGUGUCCAUCCCCCUCCCCGUCUACCCCAUCGGCCACUACAUUUUUGCGGGCCUCUACUUCUCCUCGUGCGCCCUGCAGUGCCUCUUCUUCGCGUACGUCAUCGACCACUCCAUCGCCUCCCCUAUGUCGACGGCUAUGGACGGGCUCAGGCUCGAGCCUGUGGUGCGCUACGCGGCGGCCUGGGGGCAGAUUGUGUGCGCGGCCGUGAUGGCGGGUGUGGCGAUCUUUACGCCCUACGAGAUGCCGUUCGUCAUCGCGGAGUGGACGUUCAUAUCGUUUGUGGUGCUGUACCAGUGGUCGAGCUUCCCCUUGGCGCACUUCACCGACCGGCAGCAGCCGAUGGAGCCGCACUUCAUCGAGUCCAUCCCGGCUCUGCCCAAACUGGCUUCCCUCUCGCAGCUGCCGCGGCUCAAGUCCCUCCCCUCUAUCGCAUCCAUCGCCUCGCUCCCUAACAUCUCCACACACUCACUCAGGUACACUACACACCAGACCACACCUGCCUGCCUGACUUCAUUGCGUGUCUGUGUGUCUGUGUCUGUGUCUGUGCAGGCUGCGGAUUGCCGUGAGCGAUUCUCAACCCCCCUCCCCUUCGACAAAGGGCAGCAACGGCGGUGUCGACGAGGCGCGCAGCGAUGACCUCAUCGACGCCGCCAACAACACCGCAACCACCACCACCACCACAACGGUUGUCGAGUGGAGCGACAAGGAGGAGAACGUCAAGGGCGGCUACUUCUGGAACCACGGCCAGCCAUUUCUGUUCUUCGCCGCACCACUCUCGUCCCCAUCAUCCACCAAGCACACCCGCGGCACCCUCAGCACCGCAUCCACUUCGCUCAGCGUAUCGAGCCUCAUCCCAUUGAAGGGCGGGACAUCCUCUCGGGUGCCCGGAGAGGGAGAGGGUGAGGGGGAGGGGUACUCUGAGCCUCACCGAGACGGCACUAGUGAUGGCGAGAGCAGCAGCCUGCCCGACAUGAGUGAACUUGCCAGUGAGAGCCCCACCGAUGAGUCUGCCUCUGCCCUGACCCAUGACGACGACUGGGUGAUCGUGGACGCUUCACACCCUGCACACACCGACACGAAGAGAGGGGUGGGGGAGAAGGGGAGCGGGGCGCUGUCGCCAUCGGCAGCAUCGUCGGUGUCAUCAGCAGCAGCAUCGCAAGAUGGCAGUCUUGUGCAUUCGUGCUCUUGCAGUGACAUGUAUCGAUCACUCAUGGUGGGUGCGUAGCCAGCCGAGCCACGUGGGGUGGGGCGGGGUGGGGGGCAAUCCAUGUCUGUCUAUACUCUCCCUGCCCUGGGUUGUCUACUACCCACUUGCUUGGCUUCUUCCCUUGUGUCUGUCUUUCUUGUUUUGGCAUCUAUCUAUUGCAUGCUCUCUGUCUGUCUGAGGGGUGGUUGUGUAUCUAUCGGACAUACCAUGGCGGUGUAGCGUAGCCGGCCCCCAAUCGAUUUUGGUCCUCUACUUGACUCACUCACUCACUCACUCUCUCUCCUGUCGACCGACCAUUUUGCCCCGUAUGCCAUCCCCACAAACACAUACACACAUACAUACGUCCGUCCCAUUCAUGCUAACUGACCUCUGACAUGGGUGUCUGUCUGGUGGAGUGUCGAUGAGUGGCGAGAGCCCCGCGGUUGUCUGUCAGUCUUUCUGUCUUUCUGUCGAGUAUGUGAAUGCAUGUGUGUGUGUGUGUGUGUGGAUUGCUCGAUACCUAUCAUCAUGUGUGCAGUGAAAAAGGAGAGAGAGAUACAGAGAGUCUAUCGGUGAGAGAAUGCAAUCGAAUGCGAUGCGAUGCGGCGUGUGUGUCGGUGCGCAAGGUUUUUGACCGGCUGCCGGUCCCAUACUGACUGGCCGGCACUUGGGAUGGAAUGUGUGCCUUCCUGCUUGGCUUGCUGCUCUGGCUUUUUCGUCUUUCUUGUGCACACGCACGCCAGACACGCACCCGGAGAGGGGCGAGGGCAGAGAUGGAGGGGGGGAGAGACGGAGUGGCUGCCAGCUAUUGUGGGGAGGGACCACACACGCAUACCUGGAUGGAUGGAUGGAUGCCCCGCUGCCUGUGAUGAUGAAGGGAAGGUUUUGAAUGCAUACACACACUGUCAGUCAGCUUUUGUUUCUCGUUCGCUCUCACAUCCCAUCCGCCCACGGACCCACCCCAUUCUUGCUUGUUGCCUGUCUGUCGUCUCUUUGCAUGCCAUUAAUGCAUGUGACGAGCACAGAGGACGGACAGGGGAUCAUAUCAUGCAAGAGGCAUGGUAUCGUCUGCACAAGGCAGGCAAGGCCGCAUUUUUGUAAACAGGGGCAGUGUGGCGCACGGACGGGUGGACGGAUGAUAGGUGUGACGGAUGAUAGGUGUGCACAGACAGACAGCCUAUUUUUGGAUGGAUGGAUGGAUGGGUGGCACCUCGUGAGGAACUGAGCGCAUUGAGGGAGUGCAGUGAGCUGAAGGGAAUCUCCGUUUUGCUGCCGUGCCUGUUGCUGUCGUUGGGUGCCCUCGGUCAUGUCCAUCCUUGUGACCUCCCCUGUGUGGCAUCGAUCGUUGCCACAUAUGGUGAGGAUGCGUGGAGGGAGAUGACUGCGGCGCCCCACAGACAGAACAGCAUGGACACGCACUCCUCUUCGACAGGCGUGGGUCGGUAGCCAGUGGUCUCCUCGAAUUAGCUGAAAUGGUGUGUUGCCUGCUGUCUUCAUCUUCCUCGGCACAUCUGUGCUUCCGUGGUGGUCAGACCAGCCGUCAUGGGUAUGCGUGUGCUGACGUGGUCGAAGACAGCCGGCAACACCAGGGAUGACGAGGACAGGCAGGCCACAAGAGGGAGGAAGGGAGCUCACGUGUGCUUACGAAUUCACGACUGCAUUCUGCUCUCUCUGUCCAUCCAUUCAUCCAUCCAUGCGAUGCCAUGCCAUCCCAUGCCAUGCCAUGCCAUCCGUGCACCCACCCAUUUUGAGGCGCCACGUCAGUCAUGUCAUGCAUACCACCAUCUCUCUCUCUCUCUCUCUCCCCCAGACGGCAAUUAAUGUUCACCCCCCUCUCCCUCCCCCCAUACCCCAUACACACACACACAUCUAUUAUGCGGAUGGGGUGACCCAUGUGGUUGGUUGUACAGACCUUUUCUCCUAGGCAGUGUGGCAUGGGUGGGCGUCCUGUCUGUCGUCUGUGGAAAUUCGGUUCUAUGCUUUGGCUCGGCUCGGUUGUGACUGACGAUUUGAUUGAUUGAGCUGAG